AUGAUGCUGUGGUCAGCAGCCGUGCUGCUCGGCGCGUGCACGCAAGCGCUACGACCGCUCGUGCCAAUACGCCAACGACGCGGCCAGGCGCUGCGAGCAAAGACCGAUGAAAAUUACGAUGCCGUCGUUGUCGGCGCCGGCGUCGGCGGCCUCUGCACGGCGGCGCUGCUCGCGCGAUACGAUCGCCGCGUGCUCCUCGUAGAGGCACACGACGUGGUCGGCGGCUGCGCCCACUCCUUCGCCCGAGGUGGCUACACGUGCGACAGCGGCCCGAGCCUGUGGGCGGGCUGCGCGCAGCCGUCGACAUCUCCAUUAAGACAAGUCUUCGACGCGAUCGGGCGCGACGUCGACUGGAUCCAGUACGACGGCUGGGGUUUGCAUGAUUUGAAAGCUGAUAAAAGGUGGCGCAUGACGGUCGGCCCGGACGCUUUUGGGGACGUGAUGCAAGAACUGGGCGGUUCAAAUGGAGAGCGCGCCUGGCGAUCUCUAUUGAAAGGUUCGGAGCCCGUCGUCGACGCGGCGAUGGCCUGCCCGCCCAUGGCGCUGCGGGCGGAUCCUUUGGGGUUUGUGCAGACGGCCCUCGUGCCCUACCUGUUGCCGGCGAUCUUCAAGGCGUCGCUGAAGGCGAAGACGUUCAUUCCGGAUUUAUUGACGGGUGCGUCGUCGCAAUUGUUCGACCUCGCUGAAGCGGAUAACGACUUCCUGGAGCGGUGGAUCGACUAUCUGGCGUUCGCGCUGUCGGGCCUGCCCGCCGACGGCACGGUCGGCGCCGCCGUGGCCUACACGCUCGGCGACCUGCACCGCCCGAACGCCGUCCUCGAUUAUCCUGUGGGAGGUUCCGGCGCCGUCUGCGAGGCCCUCGCGGACUACAUCAGUGAUCAAGCGGGGUGCGCCGUGCGGACGCGGUGCCGCGUCGACGAGAUCUUGGUGAAUGGGGACGGGUCCGUGACGGGCGUGCGGCUGGCAAGCGGCGACGAGGUGCGGUGCGACACGGUCAUCUCGAACGCCGACGCCUGGACGACGGCGACGAGACUGCUCAAACCGUCGCCGCUGCCCCAGAUUGCCGCUUGGCAGGCGUCGCAGAAGGCAUUGGUACCGACGCGGAGUUUUGUUCACUUGUGGGUUGGGUUUGAUGCCGCUGGUUUACCCUCCGAUUUGGAUUGCCACCACAGCGUCUUCAACGAGGGCCUGCUCGAGGACGACUGCGCGGCCCUCGACGCGGAGAGGAAUAUGUACAUCAUUUCCAUCCCGACGCUCUUCGACGCCGGGCUCGCGCCUGCAGGAAAACAUUUGGCUCAUGUAUAUGCCGCGGCCACCGAACCGUACGACGCGUGGGCGGCGCUCGACCGGAAGAGCGCCGAGUACAAAGAAAAAAAACUCGCGGCCGCCGAGCCGCUCUGGCGCGCGCUCGAGGCCGUCGUGCCCGACGUGCGGCAGCGCGCCGAGAUGACGACCAUCGGGACACCGCUGACGCAUGCGCGGUUCAACAAUAGGCAUAUGGGCACCUACGGGCCAGCUGGCGCGACCGUCGAGGGCGACCUCAAAGGCUUCGGCGACGGCGGCACGCCCGUGAAGGGCCUCUGGCAGGUCGGCGACUCGCAGUUCCCGGGCAUCGGCCUGCCGGCCGCGGCGGCGAGCGGCAUCCUCGUCGCGAACGCGUUGGUGAGCGUCGCCGAGCACCGCGCGCUGCUCGACGACAUGCGGGCGAAGGGCACGCUCUGCGCGGGGAAGGACUGGUGGGAGCGACCGAACGCGGCGCCGCGGGCGCCCGGCGGGCGGAUUGCCGUCGACGCGUCGCUGGGGGAGGUGGGAUGUUCUGUGUAA